GGACACUAGCGUGCUCUAUCCAUCUCUAUGGAGUCGCUGCACAUUGCACAACCGCAUUGUUGUUGGGAAAAAGCAACCAGGGGCAGCUUGCUAGUUACUGAUUAUUACCCUGUUGGAAAAGGACAUUAGCUGGUAUUUGGUGGCUUUUCCGAAAUAUUUAUGUUUGAAAUAGAAUCGAAUUUGGAAUUUAGACCCUCGUCGUGGAUACCUCUCGGUAUCUUUCAAAUUUAUAAUUCAAAACUGCUCGAGCGGUGCCCGUUGGAUGAGAGGAUUGUGUGGAUAUACUGCUGCUGCUCUGCGCAGGCUAUUUCGGCGCCAUUGCUUACAAGUGCUGCUGUUUUCAAAAGCAGAAUUACUGAAAAUACAAAGGUCUAAAAGAUGAAGAAAAAAGUACGGCAUCAUAAUCGCAUGUCCACGCCCCAGAGGCCCCCCUCUCCCAUCAAACCCUCACCGAACAAGGAGACCAUGACCUACGCCCAGGCCCAGCGCAUGGUGGACCUGGAGAUAGAUGGCCGCGUGCACAGGAUCAGCAUAUAUGACAAGUUGGAUGUCAUCACUGACGAUGACCCCACGGCCCAAGAGAUCAUGGAGUGCAACAGCAACAAGGAGAACAACGAGAAGCCCCAGCUAGUCCUGGUGCGCUCGGUGAGACUCAAAGACAACCAGCAGAAGAGGAGCACAGCCCUCACCACCACACAUGGCGCUGACCCUCAAGUAAGCGCCCUUUUGGAACCCAAGUUCCGCACUGUGGAGUACAACCUUCCCGCAGUGUCUCGGAGGCCCUCCAUCUAUUAUAUGUAUUGUGAGAAGACGGCCGAAGAGCUGGAUGAGGAGGUGGAAUACGACAUGGAUGAGGAGGAUUACGCCUGGCUGGAUCUGCUCAACGACAAGAGGAAAAGUGAGGGUGUCAGCCAGGUGUCCCAGAACCUCUUUGAGUUUCUUAUGGACCGCUUUGAGAAGGAGUCCUUCUUUGACAGCCAGGGCCGUAGUGACCCCCAGUCCCUCAUCGACGAGGACGCUGUCUGCUGCAUCUGCAUGGACGGAGACGGCCAGGACAGCAAUGUUAUUCUCUUCUGUGACUCCUGCAACAUGGCCGUGCACCAGGAGUGCUACGGUGUUCCCUACAUCCCAGAGGGCCAGUGGUUGUGUCGCCACUGCCUCCAGUGCCCCUCACGGCCAGCUGAGUGUGUCUUCUGCCCCAACAAGGGCGGCGCCCUGAAGAAGACGGACGAUGACCGCUGGGGCCACGUGGUGUGUGCCCUGUGGGUACCAGAGGUGGGCUUCUCUGACACUGUCUUCAUCGAGCCCAUCGACGGUGUCAGCAAUAUACCGCCCGCCCGCUGGAAACUCACCUGCUACCUCUGCAAGGAGAAGGGUGCCGGGGCCUGCAUCCAGUGCCACAAGGUUAACUGUUACACAGCCUUUCAUGUCAGCUGUGCCCAAAAGGCUGGCCUCUACAUGAAAAUGGAGCCUGUCAAGGAAUUCACAGAGACCGGUUCGCCCACUUUUUCUGUGAAGAAGACAGCCUUCUGCUGCGCUCACACUCCUAAAGGGUGCACCCGGCGACCCCUUGCCAUCUACGAGGAAGGCCACGCUAACAACGGUGUCUGUCACAAGAGGGGUGACAAAAGAGGUAGGAGGAGGUUAAAAGGGUGGCUGAAGAAGAGUAAGAUAGUGGUGGUGGUGCCUGCGGUAGAGGAAGAGGCUCCUGCUGCACCUGGGCCUAGUAUAACCCCUAGCAGUUUUGACACAAUCCUCAAUCAAGUGUCUGUCCAGAAGAAGAAGGUGUUUGUGGAGCGGGUCCUGAGCUACUGGAUGCUGAAGAGACAGUCAAGGAAGGGCGUUCCGCUGAUCAGGCGUCUUCAGGCUAACACCCAGGUCCCCAAACCAGAGCAGCUGGACAGCAGGGUGGAGGAUAAUCAAGCGAUGAAGGAGCAGCUAAAGGAAUGGCACCGCCUACGCCAAGACCUGGAGAGAGCUCGUCUACUGCUAGAACUGAUCAGGAAGAGGGAGAAGCUAAAGAGAGCGGAGAUGAAGCUCCAACAGUCCGUUCUAGAGGUACAGCUCACACCUUUAAAUAUUCUACUUCGGGCCGUAUUGGACCAGCUUCAGGAGAAGGACCCAGCCAAAAUCUUUGCCCAGCCUGUCAGCGUUAAAGAGGUGCCUGACUACUUGGACCACAUCAAGAAGCCAAUGGACUUCUCCACCAUGAGGAAGCGCAUUGAUGCCCACGGCUACAAGAGCCUGGUGGAGUUUGAGGCUGACUUCGAUCAGAUCAUAUUCAACUGCAUGAAGUACAACGCCAAGGACACAUUCUUCCACAAGGCCGGUCUGCGUCUGCAAGACCGAGGCGGGGCCAUCCUCAGGAAGACUUGUCGGGAGGCUGAGCGAAUCGGCUUUGACUUUGCCAGUGGGAUACACCUUCCUGAGCAGCCAAAGGUGGAGGCUCCUUCCUCUUUCUCCUGGGACGAUGUGGACCAGAUACUAAACCCAGCCAACCGGCAGCACAUGUCUUUAGAAGGGCAACUGAAAGAGCUGCUGGAGAAGCUGGACCUGAGCAGUGCCAUGAAGUCCAGUCCGUCUCGCAGCAAGCGACUGAAGCUGCUUAAAAAGACCAUCACAGAUGUUCGCAGCGAGAUAUACCUAAAGACGCAACACCCCGCUGCCGCCCCCUCUGAACCGAAACCAGCAGAGACUGGGGAGAAACCACUGCCCCCCAUUCGACACAGCACACAAGAAGAGGAAGGGGAUUCUUUGCUCCCACCGAAACUAGAGCCGUUGAACUCGUCACCGCCACUUGUGAACUCAGACAGUCAUUCAGAACCUCCCAUGCUCAAGCCCAUCAAAUCCAAUGGGGACAAGAGCCAGAAGACUUUCAAGUGCAACGGUGUCAAGCCCACUACCUCAGUACCCCGGGAUACCCUCAACGGGCACAUCUCUAACCCGCUGGGCUCCGACAGUCACCUUGGUGUUGGGGCCACCUCCACGCUCGCAGAGCCCUCUAGCACGGGCAACAGGCGGACCAAUGUGCUCUUUCGCAAGUCCAAGAAUGCCAGCCCGCAGAAGCCCCCAAGGACAGCUGAGCAUCAGCUCGGCUCCCCGCUGCUGGGCACCAAAACCUUCCUCUCUGUGGUUAUUCCUCGCCUGGAGACUCUCCUCCUACCCAGGAAGAGGACCCACAGUGCCUGUGGAGGCUGUGACCAGGAUGAGGAGGAAUCCCCCAUCAAGCGUCUUGACACAGGACUAGCUAAUGGAUUUGUUGUUGAGCCGGAGCUUGAAACCAGCCCCAUUAGGCCGAUGGAGCCUCGCAGGCGCUGCACCUCAGAGUCCAGCAUCUCCCCUAGCGGCAGCGUGCUGUGUAGCACCAGCAUGGUCAGCGUGCCAAAAAGUGGGAAAGGAAGGCCAUCCAUGGCGCGUAGGAGCACAGUGGAUGACAAAAACGCACACGUCACCUCUAUCGGAAAUGGUGACUUCACCAAAGCCGCUAAGAUUGCAGCAGAAGUUGUCAGCGGAAAUGUUUGGAUGUCCUCUAGUGCUGAACCCCGUAAACUAGUUUGGGCAAAAUGUAGUGGAUAUCCCUCCUACCCUGUGUUGAUCAUAGACCCGAAGCUGCUAAGGGCGGGGCGUCACCACCACGGGGUCUCCCUGUCCCCUCUGGACAUCCUCAGAGUCGGAGAGCUGAUGCUGUACAAGUCCGAAGAGAAACUCUUCCUCGUCCACUUCUUCGACAACAAGCACAGCUGGCAAUGGCUUCCUAGAUCCAAGAUGGUUGCCUUUGGUAUCAAUAAGACCGUGGACAAGCUCAAACUGAAGGAGGGCCACUCCUCUGGCAUCCGUAAAGCUGUGCAGACCGCCUUCCAGCGAGCCAUGAGCCACUGGAGCCAGGUCUGGGACAGGCCUAGCAGCGAGCCCUGCGAUGUGGACUGAAUCUGGUCAUGCAACCUCCUCACCUCUAGAGGGAGUCCUUAACUCUGUUUACUUGAUAUUCCACAGCAGCCCUGGUAUUCCUCACACCCAUCAUUGUUUACUGUCUCCUCUGUAUUGAAGGAGCAGCCCAACGGUCUCUUGUUGCAGGUUUUCAUUACACCUCGUCUCUUGAUUAUAUUAACUGAGCUGCUCAUGGGUAAAUGGUAUGACUCCACGCUGCGUAUGCUCCAUUUUAAUCUAUUCCAUUCUAAAUACUGUAGCUUGCAGUAUAUUCAAAUGAAUCUAUGAGCUAUGCAACUAAACUCAAGUAAUUGGAUUGGCUGCUGCAAAAACCUUCAUACGCCGUCUAAGGACUGACUUGUGAAAAUCACUGGUCUAAUGUGAUGAAUGUGCCGGAGUUGAGUCUGUCUUGUAAUGUGCUGCAAGACUGCUGCAACUUUCACUGCCAUCAUGAUUCUCACCCUCACUCCAAUCUACUCUCUACAGCAACCCUGGAUUUAACCCUGAGAAUACCUUUCACAAGGCCUGACACUAAUUUAUUCUGUUUUCAUGUGUUAUUGGUACUGCGUGUUCACUUUCUUGCUAUUUAUACUGCAGGGGUGAUUCAUGGCAGCACUAUGGUGCAUAUUAAAUAUUUGCUGGUGCUACAACCUGUGCAAGUCUAGGCUACAACACUCAACCAGGGGGAAAAAAUAUAUAUACUGUAUUGAUUGAACAUUUUAUUUGUUUGUUUUAUUUGAGCUACUUUUUUUAACGGUUUCUUAAGUUAUCGAAGUUUAUGGAAAGCUUCUCUUGGCAUUAAUAUGUUUUUAAAAACAAUGUUUUUACCGGACUUGGUUUUUGUUUUUAGUUUUUUUUUGUACAUAUUUAUAAAUCUUUAUACUUGUAUGCAUCAGAUGCUUUCAGUGUUUAAAAAGCUGAAAGUGCAUCAUUCACACACAACCAAAAAUCAGCUGCCCAGAUUUUCAUACAUAUAAACAUUUAUUUUUUGUUGCCUUUUGUGUGUGUGUGUGAGAGAGAUAUAUCGGGGAAUAACAACCUGCAAACCUUUGUCUUCAUACACAAUGGUUUUGACUGUGUUACAGGGACCAUGACCAUGGGUGAAUGUGCCUGUAGUAAUUUAUUGUAAAGGAGAAAUGUAUAUGCAUUACUUUAUAUAGAACGAAUCGUAAGAGAUACUAAUGGCUCACUAGGAGCCAGCUGUAGAGGUCCUUUUUGCAUUUUUUUUAUUUUUACCAGAGGCACUAAUCUUAAAGGUGGGAAUAGAAUCCAUGGCAUUUUAUUCAGUUGGGAGGAUCUGGGGAGCAGUGGGUAGAAUUUACAUUUCUUUUUUUUUUUUUUUUCCUGUAUCCCAAAAUACAGUUUUGUAUGGAUGUUCUAUAAAUAGACUUUACUAGUCUUAUUCUCUGGGAAAACCACAUUAUAGCCAAUGGAGUAGAUGCUGGCAAAGUCCAGUAUUUUUUUUAUAAAACACUGAAAAUAAAGAAUGUUAUUGAAUCACUGA